UCAAAAGAUUGGCUUUAGAAGCAGUGAUGAAUCUGAUUGUAGUUAAUCUUUAGAAUUGGCAAAAAGAAAAUGUUAGAGUUGGAUGUGAUCAUAAUAUACAUCAAAUCUAUCUCCUCUCAAACACUUUCAAUUGCAAGUGUAUUGCAAUUUUAUUGGGUCAAGCAAUCCACAGUGAUUUAUUUACUGUUAACUGAGCUGAAUAAUUUGCUGGCCUGAAGCAAAAAGCUGUGAAGGACAGAAAGUAAAGUUUUAGCCACCCCAUCAAAGCAUCAACCUGUGAUUUUGGUCCACCCACCAACUCCUUUUCCUCUGACCUGCCUUCUGUGGACCAAUCUGUAUUAUUACCUAGUUUAAUCUGCCACCUUCGAUGGUACCAUUGCCCUCAAUUCUCGGGAAAAAGAGUCCAGCUGAAGCUUGCACUCAUUUCCCAUCACUACAGCAUCGAGAAGUGCCCCUCCACAAAGAGACCCCAGUUCAGCUCAGCACCAACACUGUGCCUCUUCAUCCCACAGACUCCUGUCCCAGAAGAAACAAAGCCACCAAGGCCAGCAGAGCUUAACAAGGUUCUCUUCCCAGGUAUAUUUGCUCAGGAAACUGAUCUUAUGUGAGGUUUUCAGCUGUGGUUGUGGUGUGGGUUGCUGGUGUUCUCAAUGUGGAAGAACUGCUCCUGCAAUUUCUACAUUUUUUGUCUCACAGUUCUUGUUGCAGUUGUCUGGGCUGAAAAUAAAGGAAAAUCUACAUUUUGCUCCAUGUCUGGACAAAUCAUUUUGAUAUCAAGAUGAAGAAACCAUUGGUGAUGUGCAAAAACAGAGAGAUACAUGGAAAUCCUGCAAAUGAGAUUGUCGACUUCGUAAACAAGAAUCGAACGGCAACCAAGUUACCGAAACUCUACGACAGUCCAGGACUGGGAUGCAUGGCCUUGCAAUUCUUGCUGGAAUGCACUCAAAACUGCACUAGCAACAAUACGCUUGCCUGCCAGCCUGCAGAAAUUGACAUCACCGAGGUCUAUGCUCCCAACUGUGGGGUAGAGCUACCUACCAUCGACACUAUAUCUGGCCAGCUUGUUGGAUGCUACUGGAGCCAUCUAAAUCCAGAACAAGCCUUCUCCACAGUUCUUGUCCCAACCAAGAAAUCGCUCUCUGUUAUUCACAGCAAAGAACAUCAUGAGGUUGGAGUAGGAUAUGUCAGAGGACACCAUGGGCCAUUUCUAUGGUGCAUCUUGUUCAGCAGCGGGAACGCCACCAGCUCCACAUUUGUUCUUGAAGGUGGAACAGGAAUCAAGCAAAGAAGAGGUUGCUUCAGUGGAGGAGAUGUGCCAUGUAAUGUCGGCACCAGCCUUUUGCCAGCACACAACACAUUACUUUCCUCCAUAUGCUGCUUACUUGUGCAAUUAGUUUUAGUGUUUGGUUGAGUUUCUUGGCAGCUACUUUUUGAGAGACAACUCCAUGAAUUCCCAGGCAGAUCUUGGCUGUCUAUUUAUCUUCUUCUGUACUAUCCUUGUGCUCAAUUGCAACGAGGAAACACAGGUUGAACACUGAGGUGGGCAAUUUUCUUUCCAAAAAUCAUCUGCUUAAGGUGAUGAGUUGUGGAAUUUUACAUCUUCUGAUGCUUCUAAUUUUCAUCCAUAUUUUCUUA